AGGGGCGCCACGCUAGCUGAAACCACAAAACUAAUCCUGAUGCUCUGCAGUGUCUGCCCGGAGGAUGAUGGAUACUAGUAAGAUGAUGGAUUCACACGAAUAUCUUUAUGAAUGCAACCAACCGCCUCCCCCGAGUAGAUUCUGACUUGGUAUCACCUUGCUUUAAAGGACUGCUUCUUGUGAAGGAGGUUUUCAAACUGGCCUCAAUUUACAGAACUGCAAAGCAAAAUGAAGACAUCCCAAAGCAUUGCUCCUGACUUUAUUUCAUUUGUCGAUUUGACACUCCUCUAAAAUCACCUGAUGUUUCUGUGUGUCUCUGUUGGAUUCUGAAUCAUAUGCACAGAAACACACACACACCAGCACACACACUAAAGGACAACUAGUUUGAUUCCAAAAGUGGACUGUCAAGAUGUUUUCAGCUCUUAAGAAGCUGGUGGGCACUGAGCCUGGACAGCUAGGAAAUAAAAACAUACCAGCUGGUUUGCAGUCAAUGAACCAGAGCCUGCAGAGGAGGUUUGCCAAGGGGGUACAGUACAACAUGAAGAUCAUCAUUCGAGGUGAUCGGAACACAGGAAAAAGUGCUCUGUGGCACAGACUACAGGGAAAGAAGUUUCUGGAAGAGUACAUCCCCACACAGGAAAUCCAGGUCUCCAGCAUCCACUGGAACUACAAAACAACGGACGAUGUUGUCAAAGUGGAAGUCUGGGACGUUGUGGAUAAAGGCCAAAAGCCUCCCCCUGAGGGCACAGCAGGGAAAGGCAAGAAGCGAGGAGAAUCCCUGAAAACGGAGAACGAACCCCAGGAGAAUGAGACUGAGAUGGCUCUGGAUGCAGAGUUCCUUGAUGUGUACAAGAACUGCAAUGGUGUCAUCAUGAUGUUUGACAUCACCAAGCAGUGGACGUUUGACUACAUAGUGCGGGAGCUGCCGAAGGUGCCCACCCACGUGCCCGUCUGUGUGUUGGGUAACCAGAGGGACAUGGGCGAGCAUCGGGUUAUUCUGCCUGAUGACACCCGGGAGUUUCUUCGUCACCUCAACAGGCCUCCAGGUUCUUCAUACAUCCACUACGCCGAGGCGUCUAUGAAGAACGGCUUUGGUCUCAAAUACCUGCACCGCUUCUUCAAUAUCCCCUUCUUACAGCUACAGCGGGAGACCCUGCUGAGACAACUGGAGACCAACCAGCUGGACAUAGAUGCUACUCUGGAGGAGCUCAACAUUCAGCAGGAGACUGAGGACCAAAACUAUGGCAUUUUCCUGGAGAUGAUGGAGGCCAGGAACAAAGCUGGCUACAACUCCCCAGGGGCCCCUUCCAAUGGUCAGAGCCCUUCCUCAGGCUCCCAGAGCCCCGCUGUAAUCCAAAGUGGGCCCUCCACCCCAGGGACCUGCCCCAGCCCCUGCUCCCCCCAACAGCCCCCACUUCCAGCCCAGCCCCUAACCAUUUCCAACCCCCCCUCCAGGCCGGCUCAGGCCCCGAACCCUAACCCCUGCCCACCCCUUCCAAACACAGCAUCCCCAGGGGGUCAGGCAAACCCGCAGCAGCCGCCAGCAACCCAGCCGCAGCCCCCGGCAACCCAGGGUGGGGGGGCCGCAACUGCCCCAAGCCCCCAGUCGCCCAGUGUCACCCAGUUACUCCCUACCCAGAAGAGGGGCUUCAUGUCUCGCCUCUUCGGAUCAGCUGCCCCCGAGACGCCCCCAAACGGCCCGGGCCCGGAUGGAAAGAUCCAGAAUGUGGAUGACUUUGUGCCGGAGGUGGGAAUGGACCGUAGCUUCUUGGAGGAGGCUGUGGCUGCCAAAGCCAAGGAGAAAAGCAGAAGAGCAGGCAACAUGGACAGUGACAGUGAGGGAGAGGGCCGGGGGGGCAAUCCCAUGGUGUCGGGGUUCCAGGACGAUUUUGCCCCGGAUGAGCUGUGCCAGUCUGUGCCCACGUUAGUGACCAACGCAGCGGCCGUCCCAAGCGUGGGCGUCACCCUGACCAGUGACGAAGAGGAUGACGGGACGCCAGCGCCUAAAGCCUUCCAGGACGGUGGAUCGAACAGUAGAAGAUCGUCUUCCAAUGCUUUGAAGACUCAAAACAAGAGUGGAGAAGCCAAGAAAUCAGCAGGCCUCAAGAUGUCGUCUGAGCCUGCCUGUUUCCUGAACCCGACCCCAGCCCUUGUGCAGUCCAAGCGGGCAGGCAAGAAGAACGGACGGGGUGAAUCCUCCGACUCUGACCAGGAAGCCUCCAAAACCGAUCAGAUGCUCUCCUUCGUCAUGGACGACCUAGACUUUGAGGAUGAGGAGUUUGAGAGGCCCAAGACAAAGCCUUCGGCUUUAUUGGAGGAUCUGUCAGACUUGUCAGAUGACAGCCUGGUGCCCCGGGUAGCCCCUGAGCGGAGCAAGCCCUCUGUCCUCACUGUCAAGAGCCAGGGCGACGAGCUGGGCUUGGACCUGUUUGGCCUGGGCUUCCAGGAGGUGGCGCCCAGGGGCAAGGAGAGCAGCGACGACCAGGACGACCGAGAAAACAAGUCCUUAACUAAGGAGAAGAAGAAGAAGAAGAAAAGCAAAGAGGACAUCGAGAAAAGCAGCAAAAAACGGCACAAACAGAAGAAAAAAGAAAAAGUGGAGUCAGGCAGCGGUGAAGAGAAAGAGAAGGAGAAGAGAAAGAAAAGGUCAAAGUCGACUAAGAAGGCCGGAGGCGUGGUGGACGACCUUGAGUCUUUCCUGGCUGGAGGGGAAGACUAUGAGGCACUGUAGAACUCCCAGUGUCCAAUCAGGGCUUUUGUCUUCUCAGCGUUUUGGUCAGCAUUCUAGGGUCAGGGUCAGGAUGUCCUUGAGACUCGGGCCGAACAUGUCAGCUAACUGGCUGCGUGAUCAGCAAAUGCAGUUCUCACUGGUUGAUUCUCUUUUCCCACUUCCUGAUGUUGUUGUGCCUCUGUGAUUUGCUUUUUGGUCAUUGUGACUGACACUGACGUUGUUUGUUAUACUUGGCCCUGUAUUACAACACUACCGUCCUAUUGACACCCUACUGCAAAACUCUAGCUGUGUAUUAUAUUGAGGCUUUUAGUUCACACUAAGACGACAAAGUUGAAUCGCCAUCACUUCAUGGUGUGGAACCUUGCAUGUGUUCAAUCAGCUUCAUUGCCAGAAGGGAUACAGCUUCUGUCAAAGUGAGGUCACAUGUGCACGCUCUAUUUUCAAGGACCAUUUACUGUUGCCUGUGGGGGGGGGGUUACUCAGCAGGGGUUUACUAUUUUAACAGUGGCGAUCCUGCUAUUCUACAUUCUAAUUUUGCCGUGUGGCUGAAUGCUGCAGUUUUUAAGCUAAGUCCAACAAAAUUCUAGUUUUUUUCUCCCAUAAUUCUGAUACGGCCUGCCCAUGGGUCUGUGGAAAUAAUGGGGGGGG